AUGAGCUCAGAGAUUUUGCUUGACUUCAACCGCUCCGACUUCCGUCUUUCAACGACGUAUAUGUGGCGAGCAGAUGAAUCAGCAAUGCAUCUGUACUUCAACGAGCAGAUCAAUCUGGCGGGAAGCAAGUACGUCAAGAGUGUCACAAGAUUAGAGAGAACGUCUCUUGUUCGGGAAGCUACAAGGGCUGAUAUGGACUCACCUGUGGUGACGGGCAAAGAAAUUUCAUCUUGGGCGUUGGUGAAGCGAUGGGGAGAAAAUUGUUCGAGACAUAGCAACUGUACACCACUCGGAUCUCGGACGCCAUUCCUUCCACGUCGUCUGAUUGACGUUGGAACUGAUAGCUGGGACCAAGUAAGGCUCCAGGUAAAUUCUGAAGAUAUGAGCGCCGCUCAAUACAUGACUUUGAGCCACCGGUGGGCUGGAGACAUGCUUGGAAGACUCACUACAGAAAACAUCGCGCAGCUUCUAUGUGUGAUACCUGAGACAUUCUUAUCGGCAGUUUUCAAAGAUGCUAUCAUUGUUACAAGGCGCCUUGGUUCCAAAUAUCUGUGGAUCGACAGUCUUUGUAUCAUCCAGGACUCCAUCAAAGACUGGGCAUCUGAGUCGGCAUCAAUGCAUUUGAUUUACGGCAACAGCUCCUACAAUAUUUCGGCUCUGGCAGCAUCGAACUCUGCAGACGGGCUUUUCUUAUCGAAAAGCACAUACUCACCAAUCCGCAUCAACAUGUCCAUUCGUGGUCUCGAAACUUCAUACAUACUGCGGAUGAAUGACACAUGGUACGACUUUGUCACUUCGUCUCCGCUCAAUCUCAGAGGCUGGGUCUGUCAAGAAAGGCUAUUAAGCCCCCGGACACUGCAUUUCACCAGCCAUCAACUAUUCUGGGAAUGCGGACAGCUAUCUGCCAGUGAAGACUGGCCGGAUGGAGUUCCCUCACACCCGCCACCAAAGAUAAAUCCCAAUUACCCCAAAUAUAUUCUCCCGCACGAUGACCAUGGAAUCAAACACACUUUUUCUGAACUCGCCAGAGCAGACCAUACAGUCGACAAAGUUACAGCUAAGAAAUUUUGGGCAAAGGUUGUGAAACUCUACACUCGCGCAUCCCUGACAUAUCCCACGGAUAAACUGGUAGCAAUUUCUGGGUCAUGGGCGUCAAUUGUCACCGCCGUGGAUUUAGCAAGUCUGCCCAAAUCCGAAGAUCCCACAAAAGACGCCUUUUUGGGCCAAAAGGCCCUAAUACGAGUCUUAGAAGCUUCCCUGCAACACACCAGUUCAGAUCUGUACGGACAAUUGAAGGGCGGACACAUUCAAGUCCAGGGCCGGCUGGCAACAGCCCACCAACGGCGCGGUGAAAUUGGACGAGUUGGUUUCGAUUUGGAUCUCAAAGUAUCGACUGAGCUCAGAAGACAUGAACUCCGACAUUUCAUAGUAAGCAUCGAAUGGGAUACUGUCGAAGCCAUAAGAAAUAAGAGCGAGUUCGGUAAACACCUGUACCAUCUUUUGCCUGUGCGAGAAACCAAGCUGGUGGUUACGAAAGAUAAUCGGCUGUCGAGCCGCGUAGAAGGACUAGUUCUCAAAGCUACUUCAAAGCCUUCUGAAUUUCGAAGACAUGGAGUGUUCGACUGGUAUAGGAUUGAACGGAGGAGGGAAGAUGAGAACUGGAUUCAUUCUCUCAACGAUGCACAAACGCUCUCGAUACAAGCCCAGAAGCACAGAUGAUGGACAGGAUUCGGGACUUGAACGGAUGCUACCAAUAUACUUUCAAUAUCAUCUAACAGGAAUGGUGAAGUAAAAGGUAAGGGACAGCGAAAAUGGGGUUUACGAUAAAUUUGGUGCUUUCAAAUCAUGAUAAAUACUGUCGACGGGGAUAGCAUUGGGGUUGGAAGCACCGCUUCGUGAGCGGAAAUCGUGCGGGGGAAGAGAUCUUCAAGGAAUUACUAGAUGUUCCAAAUUGGAGACGCUGGUGGAUUUUAGAUGCUUGAGGUUUAGCAUAGGAAGGGCAUAAAAGGCAUUUCAAAAGGGUGAGGGGAGACUGCCGCUUACGAAAGGGGUCUCGGCUAUUGGCGAGGUGUUGUUGACAAUCG